CUCUUCACUUCUUUGGUUCUUUCCCAUGACUCAGUCUCCAUUAGCAGACGGUCGAGCUCGAGCACCAGUGACACCAGUCACACCAGCACUGUAAAGCUAACUAGCAACAUACGACGACUAGAAGGUACUUCAGAUUAUAUAGGGUUUCAAUUGAAACAUGGCGUCUGCAUCUGCUGCUUCUUCUUCUUCCAGUAAGCAGCAAGUUGUUCUGUGGGGUCCGAAUUAUGUGAAAGUAUAUACAACCACCACCACCACCACCGACAACAAUACAGAGGCAUCUACUGCGGGAUUACAGUCCGAUAUGGAAGUUGAUAGACCUGCUUAUGUAUUAGAAGAAGAAGAACGACCUCCUUAUGUUAUUGUUGUCCAUGGACCUCCCAAGGUUGGGAAGUCCACGUUGAUUAGAUCGUUAGUAGGGUAUUAUUCCAAGGACAAUCGUUACUCAGUACACGAGAAAGGUCCCAUUAAGAUCAUAUCAGGUAAAAAAAGAAGAAUACAGUUUGUGGAGUGUCCAAAUAGUGUUAGUGGUAUGCUUGAUGCUGCUAAGUACGCUGACGCUGUCAUGUUGCUCAUUGAUACAUAUACUAGCUUUGAGAUGGAGACGUUUGAAUUUGUGAACAUUUUACGAGUUCAUGGCAUGCCGAUGGUCAUGGGAGUGCUGACAUCUCUUGAUUUGUGCACAAACGUUGAUAGACUAUCAAGAACUAAAGAAUAUCUCAAAAAUCAUUUCACAACUGAAAUACAUGAAGGAGCAAGAAUAUUCUGUUUAUCUGGACUCAUAGAUGGGCUGUGCAAGGAGCAUGAAAUACUUCAUCUGGUAAAUUUCUUAUCGUCUAUGGAAUUCUAUCCUUUGUCACGGAGAGACGCACAACCUUAUGUGCUGGUAGAUCAUUUUGAAGAUGUUACUCCUCCAGAAAAUAUGGACAAGGAUAACAAAUGCAAAAGAAACAUUGUUUUGUAUGGUUACCUCCGAGGUUGUGAUAUCAAGAAUGGAGUUCAGGUGCACAUUGCUGGUGUUGGUGAUCGCCCUCUAUUUAGUGUAACAAGCUUAGCUGAUCCUUGCCCUUUACUGGCUAGUCCCAAAAGGAAGAGAUCUCGGAAAGAUAAAGAGCAUGAUGCGAGUGAGGGUUUCAAGCCAGGGACUUAUCUAAGGUUGGAGGUCCAAGACGUUCCUUUCGAGAUGAUUCAAAAUUACAAUCCUUGUCAUCUUAUUCUCAUUGGAGGCAUCAGUCCUGGAGAGGAGACUCUUGGCUAUAUUAAGGCAACACUUACGCGACAUAGUUGGCACAAGAAAUUACUGAGGACAAGAAACCCUAUCAUUGUUUCGGUUGGUUGGAGGCGGUACCAGACUAUCCCUGUGUAUGCUGUGGAGGAUCGCGAUGAACGGCUUCAAAUGCUCCAUUACACCCCAGUAGGCACGUAGUGUCUUGCAAAGUUUUGGGGCCCUCAUGCAUCCCCCAAUACUGGAAUUGUAAUUGUACAGAGUCUGCCAGACAAAAAGGCAGUGUUUCGGAUUUUAGCAACCGCUGUUGUAAUUGAUUUUAACAAGGCUUCUAAGGACACUGCGAAGAUAUUUUGGGAACAUGAGCAUGUUCGGUCUGAAGUUCAGGCUCCUCACAUCUUCAACCCACUAGCGUCAACCUCGAAGCCAAUUGAAGAGGAGAAUGUGGAGGUGACUGAGAGUUUAUUGUGUUUUGAUAAUCAAGAUGAGCAGCUGGAGUUUGCAAAACAUCCGCUACUGGUGAUUUUGAAAGACUGGAGUUUGCAAAACAUCCGCUACUGGUGAUUUUGAAAGAAGAACAGAUGUUAGAAAUACAUGCGAGAGAGGAGAGGAUGAAGAAUUGCUUAAAAGAUUUUCUCAAACAACGACAACGUGUGCUUUCCAGGGAAGAAAAGAUGUUGGCAAUACAUGAAAAGGGGGAGAGGAAAGAGAAAUUCAGACAAGAGAUGAUGCAAAGGGGUUCUAAAGUUGGAUUUGAUAGAGUUGGAGUAUAAUCUGUCAAGAAUAUGGAUAGUGUUGAGUUUUUUUUUUUUGCUAGAGAUCUGUUGUAGAUACAUCUUUGGCAACUGAACUAGGGGGCAUUGGGCAUAUAUCUUAUAAUCAGUAUAAAAUGUUGUUAAUCUCUGAAGUGCUGCAUGAAUGCAUAAUGCUGAGUUUGAAUGGA